AACUUGCAAUCAUUCAUUCAAUCAAUCUAUUAUUGUCAAUUUCUUGAAGAAUUAAUAUUUUUUCGAAAACAAGCUGAAAGAAAUAUCUAUACAAUAAGACCAGAUUAUGGGUAAUGCAGGUAGCAAUCAACCUAAGGAAUGGCACCGAGAAGCUGCUACAAAAGUAGCUGACACUGGUCCAUCGUCACCUGUAAAAGAAGGAGAAGCAUUUACAUUUGACAAAAAACCAGAUGAUAUCCGUGGAAGUCGGGAUGAAGACAAUAAUAUCGAGGACGGCGCACCUUACUACACGAAAGCAGUUCCUGAAAGUGAGGUGGAAUACAACGUGCCUCGUGAACGUUCCAACACUUUGACCAAUGACAGUAGCAAGGACGUUGAUGAACUUAAAGUACUACCUACUGUUUUUAAAUGGGAAGGUGGUGGCAAGCAGGUUUUUAUCAGUGGAACCUUCACUGACUGGAAAACUAUCCCUAUGGUAAAGUCACACGGGGACUUUGUAACCAUCAUCGAUCUUCCAGAAGGAGAGCAUCAGUACAAAUACUUCGUUGAUGGAGAAUGGCGUCAUGAUCCUACAGUAAAAGUGAUUGACAAUGGUAUGGGAUCUAAAAAUAACUUGGUCACAGUGAAGAUGUCUGACUUUGAAGUAUUCCAAGCUCUUGCCAAAGACAGCGAAGGCAUCCACAGUAGUGCACAAACUGAGUAUUCUCAGGAAAUACCUCAAUCAAAGCCUUGGGAGAAGGUGACGGGACCUCCCAUACUCCCACCACACUUGUUACAAGUCAUACUGAACAAAGAUACACCACUUUCUUGUGAACCAACGCUAUUACCUGAACCAAAUCACGUAAUGUUGAACCAUCUGUAUGCAUUAUCUAUUAAAGACGGAGUUAUGGUGCUAUCAGCAACUCAUCGUUACAGAAAGAAGUAUGUUACCACUCUCCUUUACAAACCAAUUUAAAAAGGUAUCAUAGGAAAAUGUGAAAACCAAAUAAAAUGUUAGGUCCUUUCCAAAAUCUCUUAAUGCUUGCUAGGUAGGUUAACAAAAAAAACAGUGCCUCAUUCUUUAUAAUUGUGUGAAAGCACAAGCAUAGAUUAAAAUUGAUCUUUAAUGUUUAUGCAAAUAAUUAAUUAAUUAAUAAUAAUAUGCACCAGACAACUAAAUGAAGUUGGUGCAGUACCUAGUGUUGAUAUAGACAAUAUUUUUACAAUUGUUUAGGAAAAAUGCAUGUCAAAUAAUGUUUUCUAUGGAAUAAUUAAAGGCAAGGGCAAAUUUCGUGAUUGUGCGCUUCGUUAGUUCUCGUCGUCCCGUUAUUACCGAAAUUAGAUAUUGAGAUAAAUAAUCUUCUU